AUGUUGGGAAUCACUUCUGUGCUCCCCGUUCCUUUAACAAUUAUUCUGGUAAUAAUUCUUGUUGUGUGUGCCUUUGUUCUGUUUCUUCAACAUCGGGAAAUAACAACCACCGCUCCGGGACCAUUUGCCUGGCCCGUUUUUGGAAAUUUACUUAGUCUAGGAAAAAAACCACACGAAUAUUUGACAUCCCUACGCUCUGUUUAUGGGGAUGUAUUCCAGAUCAAAAUGGGGAGCCACACGACGGUGGUGAUCAAUGGACUUAAGGCCAUGAAACAGGCAUGUAUAAAACAAGCGGAGGACUUUGCAGGUAGACCGGAUUUUUAUUCCUUCCAUUACAUUGCUAACGGCAAAAGUAUGGGUUUCAGUGACUAUGGACCAAGAUGGAAGCUUCAUAGGCGUAUCGCGCAAAAUGCCUUGGCCAAUUUCACAAAUAAAAGGCAUAAUCCCAUAGAAGAAGACAUCACCCAAGAGGCCGAAUUUUUGACAGCAAACUUUCUCAGUACUCCGGGUAAACCUGUGAAUCCUCACAAUGAGAUUUAUCUGUCUAUUGGAAACAUCAUCUGUGCACUGUGUUUUGGAAAGAGAUAUCAGCGAGAUGAUCCCGACUUCAUGCAGUUGGUGAAAAAUAACGACGAAUUCAUGGCCUUCGCUGGUGCCGGAAAUCCAGUGGACAUUAUGCCAUGGAUGAGACAUUUUACCAAACGAUCCUUCAACAAGUUUGUAAGCAUCUUGGAGACCAUGAAUAAAUUCAGUCUCAAAAAGCGCCAAGAACAUCUUGACACGUAUAAUCCAAUGCAUUUGCGUGAUGUCACUGACGCCCUGAUUAAAAUGACGGAAGACAUCAGCGAAGAGGAAAAAAGUUCUGUGGGACUUACAGACGAACAUAUCUUAACCACCGUCCAGGAACUUAUAGGGGCUGGGUUUGACACCAUCGCAAGCACUUUACAAUGGAGCGUAUUAUUCAUGGCAACAAAUCCGGAGUAUCAGGAAAUGGUACAUGCUGAGAUUCGGAAAGUGGUCGGAAUGGAUUGUUUCCCAUCCAUGGACGACUAUCCAUCACUUCCCUUCACAGAAGCGUGCAUUAUGGAAACCAUGCGCCAUUCAUGUAUAUUCCCCUUUGCACUUCCUCACAGCACAACAAAAGACACUGAACUGGAUGGCGUCUUCAUCAAGGCUAAAACCCUGGUUUUCUUAAAUCUUUGGUCCAUUAAUUACGAUGAAGAAAUCUUCCCUGAGCCGACAGUUUUUAAUCCUUAUCGGUUUUUGGACUCUGACGGUAAUGUCAAUCGUUCUGCCGUCGAUCUGUUCAUGCCGUUCGGCGCCGGAAAACGACGCUGCCCUGGAGAACAACUCGGUCGCAUGGAAAUUUUUUUGUUCUUCACUAUCAUGAUGCAGAGAUGCAAGUUUAGUGUCAUUCGAGGGAAAGUUCCCGUUGUGGACAGUAAAUAUGGGUUGACUUUAAAACCGAAGGAUUUUGAAGUGUAUGUAAAAAUUGUCAAAGAGAAAGGGUCCGAAGAAAAAAUGCUUUUUUUAAAGGAAGGUUAUAUAUAUUAUCAACUCAGCUGA